AUGCAGAUCCUCCGGCUGCUCGCGGCCCGGCGCGCCGCCUCCAUCGCCACCGCGUCGCCGGCCUCCGACUGCCGGGACGACGACGAGGGCCCCUUCUUCGACCUCGACUUCUCCUCCUGCUCCCGCGGCAUCAGCACCCUGCGCUCGCUCAGCUUCGGCCCGAGGAAAUCCGCGCCGCUCUACGGUGGGCGCCACAGCUUCGCCCGCAGCUCCAGCGGCCGCCACAGCUUCGCCCGGAGCUCUACCAGCAGCGCGCGGUCGCUCCGGCUCUUCUUGGACACGCCGGCCCAAGCGACGGACCAAGACGAGACAGCCGCGCAGCGGACCUGCAGGCGCGCCCCGUCCCGGGACGUCAUCCGGAGGUACCUCUCCAGCAUCUCGCGCCGGCUCCGUACGGCCGCUAGUCCUCGCGCCUCCACCAACGAGGGGAGAGGGCUCCGCCGCCUUCGCAAGUGCCGGUCGGCCUCGUCCGUGCCGCCAAGCUCGGUGGCGUCGCGCUGCGACGACUCGGCUAUCGAGAAGCAGGACGGCAUCGCCGGCGCCAUCGCGCACUGCAAGGACUCGCUCCACCGAGCUUCCACGGGGGAAAUGUGA